AUGCAAGCUCAAGACUUGCAAGUCGCCCAACACCAUCUUGAAGCCGCAUGCGCAGCCUCAGACAAUGUCAGGGAUCGACAGGCUCGCAUACUGGGCGAGUCAAAGAUACUUGAAUGGAAAACGACGGUCGGCAAGGGUGCAAACGCGAUACAGGCAGCUCAGCAUAUCCUUCAGCACUCUCGCAGUCAGACGGCGCUCUUUCACGCAUGUCUUUUGCUUCAGAGCGCUCUGCCACAUUGCUUGCUCUCUCAGCUCUUGCCCAUCGACACAAUCUGGGAGCUCAGGACCUGGCUCAUCCAAUAUGCAAUCGGCAGUCGAGCUCAAGGCAGCCGUCGUCUUGGCUUCAUCGGGCGACAGGUCAUUGAGAUCAUCGCAGCAGUCACACGCGCAGGCUUUGCAUUAGAUACACAUGCUAGCUCAGGGGCAUCGGGAUGGUCGAAUGAGCAUAGGCAUCAGGUCGCUGCUCAACUUGAGCAAUUGCUGUCCUCGCCAGAUGCUGCUGCCGGUCUGACCGCGGAUCAUCUAUACCAUCAUGAAGUGGGCAUGUCACUUGCCGCCAGCUUUGUGAAUCACUUUGACGAGCUCGAUGCUUUUGGCAAUCGCAAACGACGAAAGCUGACCGACGAACUAUCCUGGAAAGAGUCAGACAUCGCAAAGCAAACCUACCAGGAUGCUCUGCACCCACUCUCGCUGCGACUGACGCUCGAUCUACUGGACCAUGCCGCUGCCACUUCGUCCGAGGACACGAUAGGCUUGUUCACUGGCCUGAUGAGCACGCUCGAAGCGUUGAUCAGCUUCAACUUUGUUGCGUCAGGUCACAGCAGUUCCGAUACAGAGGCUCUUCCUGGCACAUUCAAUUCCACCUUUGAAUCGAUAGAUGAUGCAGAUGAAGCGGCUGGCACGAGUGUUCCUCAAGCCCGUACGGUCCCAUCGCCUGCACGCGAAACGCUGCUCGAUCCGGCCACUUUCAUACUACUGGCUCGCAUACGUAGUCAUCUUGCCAACCUUACCACCGACCGACCCGACGACGACGAUCUGCAGACCGCUGAAUCAGAUUGUCGCAUCUGCCUCGAGUACCUGAUUGCUUUGUCAGCGCAUGAUUGGCAGCAGAAGGAGUGGAAGCGAACCGUUGCAUCCGUCUUGGUUGGCAUCACGAUGAGUCUUCCAGAUCCCGCUGCCCUCAACGUGACUUCGAGUGGCCUUCUGUCCACGCUGUUCUCACUCAGUCGCUGGUACCGGGUGCUCGUCGCCACAACGCCCCUCGAGGUCUUACUGGAAGCGCUGUCGCCGCCCUAUGAGCCAGGAGAACCAGAGAUCACGUUUGCCACCUUUCUCAUCUGCCUGCAAAAGGUCUCCUCGCUCAGUCUGCAAGCUACUCAGCCUGUGGUCGUGACAGCAGACCAAGAGAUGGGCGCGCAAGCAGCUGUGGACGCAUGGGAUGAAAGCGAGAAGCUUGGCCUCGAAGCAUUUCAGGAGGCGGCACAGACGUAUACGCAUCUUGCGAGCCUGGCAGAUGCAGCAUGGCCGGACCUGAACCCUCAUGAUCACCCUCCAUACGCAAAUGGCAAUGGUGUACAUGUUCAGCAGCAUCCUCAUGCAACGCUGUUCGCACAGAUCAACGACGGCUGUCUGCUGCCGCUACAUUUCCUGCAAGCCAAAUUGACAAAUGCGAGUCAGCGGUCAGACCUUUUGGCUCGAAUGGAUGAUGCCGAUGAAGUUGAAGACGAGGAAGCCAAAGUAGGUGUGAAGGAUCGUCGCCUGUUCCGCGAUCAUCUGCUCGUUCUGGCCAAUCUUGGUCGAAGAGCUCCAGAAAAGCUAGCUGGCAGCCUCAACCAGCUCGUCAGCGCUUUAUCUGCCCGCACGCUCAAUCUGAUCCAUCGUGUGCCGUCUGCAUCCGAGACGGGUGCAGACAUAGACGAGCGCGAACGACAGCUCGAGAUUGCUUUCGAGCAUCUGCACUGGGCAAUCCUUAUCGCAACCCUUUGGCUUGCCGAUGACAUUCGAGGCGAGACACCGGCAGCUCCAAUCAGUCUAAUUGCGCUUUCAGCCCGCGUCCAGAACAUCGAGGAAGAUCCGAUUGUGCAGAUCCCGCGAAGUCUACUCAAUCUGCUUAGAGGCCUAACAGACGAAGAUGCAAACUCAUUGGUCGCCACGCGCUGCAGCCCACAGAUCCAAGAGGACCUGUUCUGGUUCCUCGGCAUCUUCGCGCCGUCUUAUGUUCUCACCGAUCCCACUUACACCGGUCCCCUCAGUUCGUCCCUUGAAGCAACCUUCGGUGGGCCUGCCGGUAGCGAGGUCCUCGACUUCGCGUUACACGGCAUGACGAUCGCGCUCGUGCAAUGGACAGCAGACGCCGAUGUCCUCGGUCAGGUUGGCAAGACUCUCUCUGCCUUUUCGCGCAGUCGAGGACUUAGUUCUCAUGCCGUUGCAAGCCCAGCUUUCUCCCGUUACAUAAAUACAGUGCUAGCGCGAAGCUCGAUCUUGCCCGAAGACGCUGUCGGGGCAUUUUUCUCGUCUGCGCUCAGCAUCGAUGCAGCUGCACGGUCCGCAAGCUACCAUGGCGACUUUUUCUGGCAGAUCUCGGGCGGCAUUGAGAACCGUCUUCGCGAUCUCGUGCGAACGACGAGCGCGGAAAGCGUCAUCGAUCCGGCUAUGCUCAUUCAAAUACAGACCAGCCUUGAGAUUUGCACAAGUCUGCUUCUGACCGCUCAGCCCGCGACCGUGCCGGCCAUCGCACAAGCUUGUGGACAGAUCUGUCCUAUCGUCACAGAACUCAUGUUGCUCCGUCGACAGCAGUGGGAAAUUGCAGGCAGCGUGUUGGCAUUCUUCAGAGCGCUUGCAUCUAUGCUAGCACUCGACAUGUCUGCAGAGGCUCUGCCUGGACUUCACAGUCUGGUCGCCUACCUCGAUACAGCCAAUGAAGCCUUGCUGGAAUCUUUUCAAAGCUAUGCACCCAGCGAUAGGCGCGAGCUUUUGCGCUCGCUAUUGCUCAUCGAAAGCUCCCUUCUCGAAUUCGCUUCGACAAGCUCUUCAGCACGACAGAUAGCAGAGCGGACCAUCUGUAGCGGCAUCGAGAGGCUCGCGCUUCGAACGAGCAAGGAUUACCGGGCAGAAAGCUCAUGGCUGCGCGUGUUCAGUCAAUGUCUGCAGAUCCUGCCUGAACAGCUCAUAGGACUAUGCGCAACAGCUUCGAUGGCGCGAAUCACAAUGGCAGGUACACUUGAAAGAUCUCUGGGUAGUUCGAAGAGUGAUGCCGUCAAUACUGCGCUGGACACGCUGGCGCAAUUGUCCAGCGUGCCCGGCGAUAUUGGUCAGCUCGUCGAGCUUGUGUCCAGCGCGGCCAUCGAGAUACUGAACAUGCUUUUGCUGUUGCCGUUCGCUAUCGAUCUUCUCUUCCCGCUAGCAGAAACGCUACGGUGCCUGCUGUCCCGGUUGGCAGCAACUGGACAGCUUGAUCGUACAAUCGCUGCAUUCAGAGAUCAAUGCGGCAUCACGAAUGCUUCAGAGCGACAGCUUGUCGACUUGACGCUGCGUGAUAUCGUACACAUGCUGCUGGCAGAGGGUGUGACUGUGGCAGAUCGCUUUGGCAAGGGUCAGUCCCGGCCUAGAUUGGUCAAAGAGGCCAGGGAUGAGCUCAUUGCGAGCUUGAGAGAGUGUCGCUUGACUGUAAGCCGUCGCUGA